CAAGAGGAAGAAGAGGGUAAUUCCCGUGGAUAUAUGCUUAUGUGCUGCUUUCAGUGCCCAAAGUUAACGUGUAGUUUCGGUCACAUGAUGCCAGCCAGAACAGACACCGUGCCAGCUCUGCAAGGUGUCGCCUCUUCUCAAGGAAACGAACUUUUACUUUUAAUUAAUUGAAAGCAUAAGGAGCUGACAGAGUUGUAAGGAUGCUUAAAUUAAAGCCAACAUUUGACCUGCAGAGGGAUGUGGUGUCUGACAUCUUCAGGAAAGAGGCGUCGGUCUGCAGGGUGGAAGAAUACUCUGGAGCAGUGGACACUAGUAUCCUAAACAUUGAGAGUGAUGGGGGCAUCCUUUACUCAUGGAAGGGAGCAACAGGGACCACCAGGAUUGGGAAAUAUGACUCCAACACCAAUCAGAACAAGCUCCUGUACACAUUUGACGAGCAGGUGUGUGUCAGCAGCUGCUCCCUGAACAAGGAGGAGACUCUGUUAGCUGUGAGUUUGGCACAAAACACCAGAGGAGAGGAGCGCCUCAAACCAAUAUCCAAGUGUCUAACACUCCUGAUUGAGAUCCAUCCCAUCAACAACACUAAAGUCCUCAAGGCAGUAGACUGCAGGGUCAAAGUGCAGUUCCUCAAUUCAGAAACUGACAGGAGAUCAGUGCUGGAGAGCCACCUGCUGCUGCUGACUGAGGACGGAUAUUUGGAUCUCUAUCACGUUCUGCUGACAAAACAGGAAGGUUAUAGAGUGGUGAUGGCAAAUCCUGAGCGUCUGUCCAAAAUGACAGAGAGAAUAGUGGAGGACUUCUGCUGGGCCCAGUGGGACGGACACACACAAAGAAUCUAUUAUGUCACUCAUAAUUUGACGCACACACAGGACAAGUACCUGAUGCGAUGUGUUCAGUUCUACCCCAACCAUAACUGUGAAACUGUGUUGGAACUCCCAUUAGAGUUGCCUGCUAAUUCUUUCCGCACAGUCAGAUUUGUAAAUUUGGGUUUCGACCAUUAUCACACGGAGAGACCAGAGCAGGAGCCCGUUAGGAUGAAAGUGUUCACAAACAAAAUAGGAAGCAUGUGUGUUUGCUACAGCCAACCUCUAAAAGACAAACAGGAACUGAUCUACAAGGUGGUUUUAGUCCAAAAAGACUGCAGCAAGACGUUCAGAGUAUCUCUGGGCAGCGAGCAGCCGCCACAGAAAGCCACACAGCUCCAUCCGCUCUUCAUCCCGAUAGGUUACCACAUCCUGGUGUAUCUGCAGGGCUAUUUCCUCCAUUGUAUCAACACCAGGCAGCAGGAGAUGCUCUGUCACUCCCUUUUUCUCUCAGGUCCUGACGUGGACUUGGAACUGCUGUGUCAGUCAGAUGACAUCACAGUGUUGCAUGCAGAGGAAGAGCCCAGUGGUAGUCUGCUGGACCUGGCCAGAGGGAAGAUCUACACUGCUGAGCUGAGCCCUGCCUUCCUGCUGAAGAUACUGCGGUCGGACACUCCCUCUAGGUGUCCCAGCAGUAAGGCUGACCCUCAGCGCCUGGCCGCCCUCCACUGCCUGCUGGUUUACAUGGGAAAUGACCCAAACCUGGAGCUGAAGAUCAUCGAAUGGCUGUGUGACAACAUGAACGCCUUCGAAUCCUUUGAUCAGAUCCAGGAGUUCAUUCUAGCCUCUUUGUACAGAAUAAGCUAUGAGAAGUCUCUCAGCCUGGACAAAGUCCUGCCUUACUCCUCUGUUCUCGACAAGAAGGAGUUACCAGCGUGUCUGUUGGAGGUCCCUGGUGUGUUGUGCACCACUGAGCUGCAUAUUGAACCUGUGUUCAAAGGCAAGGCCAGAAGUCUCCAGGGAUUCUGGACAGAGCUGCAGUGGAACACAGAGAGGACAAAAUAUCUGGAUUCUGUUCCCAACCCCAGAUACAGAACCUCACACAUACAAGCCGACUGGGAGAAACUGAAAUCCGAGAGGAGACCAUCCAGCCACUGCAAUCAGAUGGAGGCGAACACAAAGAAAGUUCUAUCAAUGGUGGACACCUGGUGUCUUGAUAAGAAGCUGGUGCCACUUUUCCAGGAGGAGGACCCUCAACAGAGGGCGCUCAUAGGCCUGACGGUUGACAAGCUCCGAGAGCAUCUCAACAUACACCUGCCUCGUAUGGGGAAGAAGAAGAUCGACUCGCUGGUCGUCAACUAUGUAGCCAAACUGCUGGAGCUCAUCAGACACCUGCUGGAGUCAGUCUGGCUGAAGUACAAACCGGGCCCUCGUGUUUUGUGCUUCAAGCAGCGGGGCAGUCCAGGCGAGUGGUCGGUGUUCAACUUCAUGUUUCGGAUCCUGGAAGCCACGAGGGGUCUCUGCCUGCCCCUCCCACCAGGCUAUCACACCCUGUUAGCAGUGUUUGCUGUGCGUUGCCUCCCUCAUCACACCUUCCUACAGUACAUUGACCACGGCUUCCUGCAGCUCACCGAGACCUUUGUGUCUCGGCUCAUGAAAGAUUUGGACAACAGCGACGCCAACGAGCGACUGAAGUUCAGCAUACUCAAGAGACUCCCUGAGCCUAUGGAGCAGAAGAUCUACCAUAUGUGGGACCAUCCUGUCAGCUCCGCUUCGAUCUCCAGAGAUUAUGCCAGGACUCUGCUGGAGAAACACAACAACAAGGGAUGUGCGUUCACCAGCAGAGACAAGCCGGGCUUCAGACCUGAGUUUCUGCCCCUUACCUACUUGGCAAAAAUCCUCUCUGAUAUAGAAGAACAAGCUCUGAACCCUUUCGAGGAGCAGGAGAACGUGGACGCCAGGUUCGUGGAGGAGACGGCUCUGAAACAGACACUAAUACUGCUGGGCUUUGAAGAAAAAUGAAGCGUGCGUUGGUGUGUGAGAGGGGCCCGGAGGAUAAAUAACGGGUGGAUGGGUGGAUGAUGGAGGGACGGAGCGCGAGAAGUGAAAGAUGGAUGGAGAGAUCGAAAGGCAGAGCGCUCAUAAACAAGCUCUCAGUGCUUGAUGAAGGAUUGGGACGGGACGGAGGGGUAGAUGGAUGGAGAUGCCCCGGAGAAGGAAAGAUGGAGGGGAGCAUGUGAGGCAGAUUGGAAGAAAUAGUCUCCACGUUUUUCCCUCAUAAACAUUGAGAUGUGCAAAGGGACAAUAUGUACAGUACCAAACAUUAAUGCACAAUAAGGAACAGUUAGAGCUUCAGUUGGGGGCUUAAUUCAAUUUGAGGGGAACUCGCUUUUUGAAUAUUUAUUGAAAAUCGAUGACUGCAGGCAGCUAUUUAUAUGAACUGUAGCAGCAACAGUUCUCUCCACAACUUCUCCAUUUUCCCCUCAUACAAUUUAUGAACAUUGAUGUCGAAUACUGCAAACAGUAUUUAUAAAUCAAACACUUGUUUCAUCCUCCUGAGCUCUCUGUAAUGCCGCUGCACCCCAUCAACUUGAUUACAUGCUGACAGAAGCUCUAUGGACAGAGUAGGUUGGUAUGGUCGGUCUGUGGCUGCUGUACAUUCAAUCUGAUAUUAACUCUGAGUUAUGCGCAAUCUUUGAUGCUGAAAGGGGGCUUAGUAUAACUCAGUGAGGCGACCCGGCAGAUUUAAAAUGACAGCCCCAAGCAGAUAUUUAGGUGUUGUAAACUGAAUGUACGCAUUAGAAUACCUUUCAUAGGAAAUAAACUGACUUACAAGACAACUGAGAGUGACUAAAUCAGGCACAUGUCUGAAAUAUGUAGAGGAUUCACUGUUUGAUGGCAAGAAACCUAUGCUUCUGAUUCUUUAUUUCUGAGUAAUACAGAUGUUUUUCUACAAAACCCUGAGCCAAAAGUUUCUAAUGUGAUACAUUGUCACUUAAAGAGUCUGUAACCAUCUAAAUGUUGAUAUAAAGGGAGACUAUUAAACCUUUCAAAGACGAAAAAACACAUUCUGGUUGAAUUCUACUGACAUGGUCUGGUAUGACCUUUAGCUUAUGAAGGAUGAGAAGUUUUCGAUACUCUGCUACAUUUGGUAAUAAAAAAAGAAUAGAUACCCAGCCCUACUACUGCUGGGUCAAUCCAUGAGAGGAAAACAGCAGACAUCAAUAUCUUUAUAGUUACUUUAUUUAUAUAGCACAUUGUAUAAUAAGUCUACAGAAUGCCUUUCAAAUGGAACAAAACAGUACAGGG